AGAAAACCUCUUUAUAUUAAUGCAAAACCUCAUCUCUUGUCUUCCUGUCUCUGAAACAGCCAACCUCUCAAACUCAUUCAUUCCUCACUCUCUUUCUUCCAUGGACGAAACAAAUGGACGAAGAGAAACUCACGAUUUCAUGAACGUCAAUGUUGAAUCUUUCUCUCAGCUUCCUUUCAUCCGCCGUACUCCUCCCAAAGAAAAAAGCUCCAUUAUUCGUCUCUUCGGCCAAGAACUCGUCGGAGACAACUCCUCCGAUGCUCAACAAGAAGACUUCUAUGUAGAUUCUUCCGAAACCACAACGACCAAGAUCAACGAAGAGAGCUCUGAGAAUGUCAAGGACAAGGAGAAAGACAAGGAGAAAGACAACAGCAAUAACAGGAGAUUCGAGUGUCACUACUGUUUCAGAAACUUCCCAACUUCUCAAGCCCUAGGUGGACACCAAAACGCUCACAAACGCGAACGUCAACACGCCAAACGCGGUUCUAUGCCAUCAUACCUUCAUCAUGCUGACCAUCACCACGUCUACGGCUUCCUAAACAACCAUCACCACCGUCACUAUCCCACGUGGACGACGGAAGCUAGAUUCUACGGUGGUGGAGUAGGAGGAAACCAAACGCCGUCGUAUUACUCACGCACUCUUCUUCCUCCUCCUUCUUCUUCUAACCCACCGAUGAUCAACGGAAGUCCUUUGGGUUUGUGGCGUGUACCACCACCUUCCACGUCAGCAAACGCUAUUCAUGGCGUUUACUCAGCUUCACCAGCGUUUCAAACGCAUGAGCAGGAGCGUAAAGAAUCGAACUGGCCGUACAGAUUGAUGAAACCUAAUGUGCAGGAUCAUAGUUCGAGAGAGGUAAUAUUCUUCGAUAUGGCGGGUGAGCAUAGAGAUCCCAUAAUGUGAAGCACUUGAAGAUGCAUAAUACGAGGUUACUGUCAGCUGAUCCAAUAUUGUUACAAGAUCAAAAAGUUCAGGUGCUUUCUUGAAAGAAAACAUACAGAUGUAUAUACAUAUACAUGAGAACUCAUGGACAUAACACUUCUUUGGGGUAAAUAUAAAAACAGAGAACUCCAACAGCUAAUUAUAAUCACACAGGUUCAAAACACAGCCCUUUCACAAUAUUUCAGGACAAUGGGGCAUGCAUUUAAUCACUAACGCAGGAUAUAUUGAUAAUGCACAUUUAGGGACAAAGUGAAGCAAGUCACCAAAGAAGAUCAUGUUACCUCCAAAGGCAGCCCCUACACCUGAAUAUCCUAACAGCAAUGGAACCUACAAGUAAAAGCUAUAAGUGAGAAGCAAAAGAACAUUCAUAUGAAGAAGUACAGAACUAGGAGACAAGGCAAGAUCAAAUACAUACUCCUACAAGAAAGGAGAGCCGCUUUGACCCAGGAAACCGAUUUUGAAGAUAGGGUAUCCCUGAAAGACAAAAGAAACGAGAUCCAUGACAUUGUAGAAAUGAUUUGAUAACAAGGGAAUCAUGUGAUACCUGUAUUGAAAGCAUGGACGGGACUAAGCAAGCCACCAAUACCAGAACCAGCCUAUUGCACA